CCAAAGGCAUAAUUGUUGGAGACACCGAGGCCGUUACUUGCUGAUGCUGGCAAGAGCACCACAUUCACGAUGCCCUUGGAUGACGAGAAAGAAGAAAAGACUGUCACUCAAACCGGAUGUGUUGCCCUGGGUACCGCUAUUAUAUUGCCAACUGUUUUAGUUAGGUAUGCAUGGAGAGGAUUGAAACAACGAGGAACUGGCACUGCGAUCAAGACAGAGUUCUACCGUAAAGGGCCUUUGAGUAAUCUCUGAAGCCGAAUCGAAUUGUAUCCAUCAUUUUGGUUCCGGGCUGGGCGAUUGUUGGUCGCCCUUCGAACGAGUCACUCAUCCCACGCAAAAUUUGAGUUCGCGACGACCGGCCACGAGCCGCUGAGUAUGGCAUAGGCACAAGAAGGAUUUUGAGUAUUUAGUAUUCAGGAACAACUGUGGUCCAACAGCAGCAAUACAAUGUCCGCAUCCAGUCCACAACAUCCUAUUUUGACGUCAGAGGCAGUGGCUGCCUUGCCACCUCCCGGGUUGUCGGGGCCAUCCUCACUGACAUUUUCGCCUCGGUUCCAGCAACCCAAUGGCCAGUAUUUGGCAUUUGUGGCCUCCGCUUCCAUGAUGCUGGCACAUCAGCCUCGCCGAAUGCAAGUUCAAAACUUGAGCUGGUCCUCUUCAACUACAACCGCAACAGCAACAACCAACAACUCAUCAUCUACGACACCAGCAACGUCUUCCUCGAGAUCCAGUUCUUCUUCCGAAAGACAACUAUUUGUUCUUGACAUCGCAUCGCUACUGGCACAGUCCAAGACUCCUGCUAGCCAAAACCGCAUCACAGUACAUCCUUUACUACGAACACCCUUUUCCACACCGACUAAUUCAAGUUCAAGUGCUGCGAACACUGCAAAAAGAAGAAUAGUACAGGAUUCAUCCAAGGCUAAAACUACAACUACCAAUGGAGGCACUGUGACUAGCACCUCCAUGUUGGCCUCUUCUUUUCCCAACCAUGCAUCCUUUCCUCAGCAGCAACAACAGCAACGAAAGCAAAUGUCCUCUUCAGUUCCAAUCAAUCUGUCAUCCUCCUCUCUCGUUCAUUUCUCAUGGUGCCGGUGGAGAAAUAAUGCCUCAGACGAUACCUUUUCUUCAAUACCACAAAGUCAACUACGACUCCUCGUCCCAAUACGCGGCUCUCUGUACGUGCAGCAUGGAAUACUGGAUCAGGCGGAACCCUUGCAGGUAGUAUACGACAAAACACGACACAAACCGUCCCAACUACGAAACAACAACAACAACAACAACAACAAUAACAACAAUGCAGCAAACCAAAACUCCGCCGACGCAGAGGACCCUCAGUUAAGUCCUGACGGACGAAUGGUCGCUUUUGUCGUUGCAGGAGAAAUAUACGUGGCUCCAACUACACCACCAUCACAGGGCAGGGAUGACCUCUGUGUACAAAUUACCUUCGGUGCAUCGGACACUAUUGCACAUGGCGUAGCAGACUUUAUUGCACAGGAAGAAAUGGAUCGAUAUCGGGGAUUCUGGUGGCAUCCAGACUCCAACGGAAUAUUGUUUACCAAACUGGAUGAAGCGAAUGUUCCGCCCUACAGAAUCUUGCAUCAAGAUGUUGGAAGUGGAGGGGCACAAUCCACAGCAACAACUAACGCUACAAACCUGCCGAAUUCAAAUAAUGACUCAACCGACGGGGAUACUGGAAACAACAACACAAGCUCCCAUUGUGGAAGCUACGAAGACCAUCGAUAUCCUUUCGCGGGGAAUGCCAAUCCAACAGUAACCCUAGGAUUUGUCAAGGUGAAUUACCGGUCGUACUUUGAUCCAACCUAUAUUAGUUCUUCCGAGGAGCAGCGAGAGCCUUCUGAAGGGACCAACCAUCAGAACGAUGUCGCUCGCGAGGCAUGGCAAUGGACCGUAUGGUAUGAUUCUCCGCGGGAGGCGCCUGAAUACUUGGCCCGAGUGCAUUGGCUACCCGACGGAUCCGCAUGUGCGCAAUGGCAAAAUCGGACACAAAAUACAUUGGUCAUGACAAGAAUGAAUGUCCAUCAUGGACAGAGAGCUAGAACGCUGCUUGUGGAAAGGACACAAUAUUGGAUCAAUCUGCACAACAUGAUGAAGACGUUGCCUCGGCCUAUACAUCCACACGAAUGCAGUGGGGUUGUGGACAAUAUUCCUCCUCUUCCCAAUCCACUUCCAGAUGGAUCGUUUUCCUUCUUCUUUGCAUCAGAAAGGACUGGAUAUUGCCAUCUCUACUUGUAUACAUACGCCCCUGGAUUCAAUGGAGAUCAGGCUGUCUUGGUAAAGUCUGUUUCUGGUAGAGGAGAUUGGAUGGUGGAAAGCAUUGUUGGUAUUGACAUGAACCGUGAUGUUGUGUAUGUUAUGGGAACAUACGAUUCUGUCCUGGAAAGACACUUGUAUGCCCUUCCCAUUGCCAACCAGCGAAGGACUCACCCUGGCGGCGUCGACUCUGGAGACCAUCAUCCAAACGAAGAGGUCGCUUCACCUGCUGAAGUCGGUGAUGGCAGAAGCAACAACCAUGGCGUCCGUCGCGGAUUAAAACAAGUAAUGAAUGCACUGAGUGGCAAGAAUCGAUCUCGAAACAACAGCGUGGGUAGUGCUUCGAAUGGCGUGCUGUCAACAUCAGGCAACACGGUUCAACCAAUUCGUCUGACCACACUGUCAGGCAUGCACAAUAUUGUCAUGGACGAAGACUGCAGCAUUUUUGCAGAUACAAGCUCAGACUUGGAUCGCCCAACGAUUGUUCAAUUAUUCGCCAUUCAGCAUGCAGAAAAUGACGGGAAGGCCACCACUCCAACAACCCGCUACCUCCUCACUCUGUACGAUGCCCUUUAUGACGAAAAGACAAUGACUGCGUUGAACCUGACAACCACAGCCUCCUCCUCGUCCAGCCCUCCGACAAACAACAUCAAGGGCGGCGGAAGCUCAGCAAAGACCCAUCGACUGAUAUCCAGUCUUCCUGCACCGGAGCUCGUAUCGUUUCCGACAUCCGACGGAAGCGAAACACUUCAUGCAGCUCUCUACCGCCCGGAUCAAACUCGACACGGACCCGGUCCUUAUCCCCUCAUUUGUGCCGUUUACGGAGGUCCCCAUGUCCAACGAGUGAAUCGGUCGUGGUCGCAGUGCGCAGAUAUGCGAGCUCAACGGCUCUGUUCGCUGGGGUUUUGUGUUGUCAAGUGUGACAAUCGGGGAUCUUCUCGCCGUGGCAUUGCUUUCGAGUCGGCCAUUGCACGACGACUGGGGCGUUUGGAGGUGUUGGAUCAAGUCGCUACUGUCCGACAAAUGACCCUGCGAGGAAUUGCAGAUCCAACCCGUGUAGGGGUUUACGGUUGGUCAUAUGGUGGGUAUCUCUCUGCCAUGUGCCUGUGUAGGGCUCCAGACGUUUUUCACGUUGCAGUUGCAGGCGCUCCGGUGACUAGUUGGGAUGGAUAUGAUACCCACUACACCGAGAGAUAUAUGGGCUUACCGUCGGAUAAUGCAAGUGGGUACCGCGAGUCGGCCGUCUUUGACCAUGUUCCGAAUAUGCGAGGACGGUUGAUGAUUGUGCAUGGUUUGAUCGACGAGAACGUUCACUUUCGGCACACAGCUCGGUUGAUCAAUCGGCUGAUUGGUGCCGGAAAAGAAUAUGAUCUUUUGAUCUUCCCCGAUGAAAGGCAUUCUCCCCGUCGCCUUCGCGAUCGAAUUUACAUGGAACAACGGAUAAGUGAUUACUUUGUUCGUCACUUGAGCAGUCCGUUUGCUAAUGGGAGCGGCGUCCCAGGAAAUGUUCGGUCCAUCCCUGGACACCUUUGAGUUGUGUAAACUCGACUCGAGUAGUAGCAAGCUAUAUAAACGCUACCGUACAGAACGCUUGGUGAAUGAUGCAUCUAGUUUAGGUAGGAGGUGUGGCACCCACUGUCCGGAAAGGGCUGACAUUUUGGCUAGAGCGGAUGGGUAUCUGGAGCAACAACAAAAAAACAGACACAACAGCAGUAACAGCAGGGUUAGUCCAAAAAGACUCAACAAUACAUUUGGGGGAAUCGAAAAUUCCAUACGUACCGACAAAGCACAAAAGUAUUGAACACAGCACAUCCACAGAGGCACCCAGCCACGAUUUUCCCAAAUAGAUCCUGGUAGGACCAGCUGACACUCGCCAGAAGCAAAUAGAAGAGGAACCUCCAGACCGAAUUGAACAAGAAUCCAAAAUUGACGGCAAUAAUAACGCGUAGAAAUUUAAGCUGAGUUUCCAGGCAACAAAUCAAGAGGCCUCCACAGGUAGCAUAGAUUGCCAAAACAAACACCGAUGGGCCGGGGAUCCCAACCAUGACAAAAACCUAAAAAAAGAAAAAAGGUUGGUUUGGCGGUGAGCUCGUAUUGUUUGCAGGAUAUUCAUUCAGGUCAAACAUUUUGUACCGUACUACGCACCGAACAGACAAUGAGGGCAAUGGCCACCCCCAUGUUGGCCAAUCUCAUUGUCAAAAUCAUGCGGGGUAGGUCCUCUUCGGCAGCCUCCGUCGAGGACGCCGCCGUUGCCGAAGUGGUGGAACCGACUGUUGGCGUGGUGGGCUGCUGGGAAGCAGCAACUCCAGUCGUCAUCUCGAAGUUAUCUCCGCCUCCCGCAGCUGCGGCAUUGUUGUCGUUUCCCGAACUCAACCAAGCUGGAGUGUCCGCCAUGGUGAUGGUAUCUUCUGGGACGCACUGGCUUUGCGGUAGAGAACAAUGACCAAUCUUGGUCCGAUAACAAAUCUUGAUUGAGGCUUCCGCUCUUGUGAAGAACACAACAAACAACAAGCUAUCUCUGUCAACAACAAAAGGUCGCAGCGGUGGUUCAAUGUCUUCGCCUUCUUGAUUAGCAAAUCAAGAACAGUACAUGUAGUCUACCGGUGGUGUUUGGGAUCUGAGGUGGAUCAUGACCAUGGCGGUUCGGUAGGCAGCAUUGUUGAGAGCAAGCGCGGACAACCGUUAGGUUUCAAGCUCACAAGGCUGUCAAAACAUAAGCUAAGCUAAGCUACGUUACUUUUGCACCAAGGUUGCUUCGGCAGCUAAUUCAAUUAUUGAUGGGGUUGAGAUUGCAUUUUAUUAAAAUGACAACAGAACUUGGCAGGCAAGCCAUGGUGGAUGGCACCCGCAACAGGAAAAGCUUAUAUCAGGCAUGGUAGCUAUGCUGCCCAAUGCCUUUGGCAGCGAACGUGACAUUUUGUACAAGGCGGCAAGCAAACAUCGACUCGUUUGAAAGACAAAUUCGCGGUAUCUUUCUGAGUAUUGCUGUCACCAGCCAGAAUGACUUGUACUGUACCCUGAGCUUUGAUGAUCGAUUCGAUUCAUCAGGUUUGUCUCGCUGUUCGUAGUUUGAACAGAGACAAAGAAAAUCGCACUAGCUAGGGGUAGUCGAGCGACAGUCGGAUGCAGAAUGUUUUCCAACGACCUACAGUAGCUAGCUACGGUAGAAUCCACCGAGAGCAGCGUUCUCCAUUCAUUCCAGCAUUGUGAGGAUGAACUGAUCUUCAUCGCAUGGCUGGCGACGAAACAAUAUUAUUGUGUGUGUGUGUACGUGCCCCUACAGCACACUAACUAUAAUCACCAUACAAAGUCAAUGUAAUUAUUAUUUGAUAAACAAUGCAGGUUUUUGAUUCUGCACAGGAAGUAAGCAGUGUCAGAUCAAGCGAGUGGCUUGUAGGCGCAGGUUGCUUUGUGGCUGGUUUUGUGGAGUGCCUGCCAUCACACACAGACUACCAGUACCAGUAGUACUUUGUAAUUUACUCUUCGACAUCAUCUCGAUAGUCUCGAUUCUUGCGUCUGGUUCCGGCACCUCCCGUCCGCGCCUCUUUCCGUGCUUUUGCUUCCUUGGCAUCCUUGCGCCUUUGUUUUUCGGCUCCUUUGGGAACUCCUAGGAAUGGUUCCAAGAUGGGCCAGACUUGUCGUUUCCAGGCUUUGGACCCCUUUUUGUAGACAAAGGCGAGAUUGUAUCGUAUGUUUCUGGCGGCUGUUUUGAGUAUCUGUGGUGCGUAUCGAUUCCAGUACUGAUUGACAAAGUACUCGCGUGUUUCGGCAAUCUGUUCCAAGGCUAGUGUGAGUGGUGCUUCGUCUUCCUCCCAUCCCAGAAAGUAUCCGUAAUCUUGAUACUUGCGUUCGAGUUUUUUGACCAAUUUUGGAUAGUCUCCAUAGUGUUUUGCGAGAAUGUUGGGGACCUCUUCAAUCUUGUUGGGAUCGUGUUUUUCGUAGAACGAGAGAACGCGUUGACGAGGGACAGCCCCCACGCCCAAGCGAAAUCCAAUGGAUCCCAAGACAUGGUGUUUCUGCGCAUAGUUGGCAAUCAUAUCCGAGGCAUAAAUCAAUGCCGGCAAGAUGGUAGUUCCGACCAUCAUGAUGAGUAGAAUGAGAGGAGUGGUCUUGAUGCCUGGAUUCUUCUUGGGAAUGCGUUGUUCCGGUUCUUCCUUUUUCGACUUUUUCUCCUUCUUCUCUUCGCCAUUGUCUUGUUGUUGAUCAUUGUCGCUAUCAUCAUCAGAGUCACUCGUCACGUUGAACAUGUUCGUCACUUCUUCAUUCUCGUUCUUGCGCUUCUGACGGCGACGCAGUUUCGCAUCAGCUCCUCGGGCCAUGGUCAAAAUUAAUUAAUUAAUUAAUUGGAAAC